CAACCCAUAUACCAUUGGCCCUCCUCUGCGAAACAGGCGUGGAGUUGCAAUAGAAAAUCUUGAUAGAUGACUUGUAUUUUGUUAUUUACUUGUGUUUACCAAAUCCGACCUGGCACAGUAAGUGCUGACAAGCUUUGUCACAACUGAGGAACGCGGUAACAGCGAUCAACGAGAAUGUUUAAAAAAUUUGAUGAGAAGGAAAAUGUGUCGAACUGUAUCCAGCUGAAAACAUCAGUGAUCAAAGGCAUCAAAAAUCAGCUGUUGGAACAGUUUCCUGACAUCGAGUCAUGGCUGAAUCACAUAAUGCCAAAAAAGGACCCUGUCAAAAUAGUGAGAUGCCAUGAACACAUUGAAAUCCUGACAGUGAACGGAGAGCUGCUCUUCUUCAGACAGAGAGAAGGACCGUUCUACCCAACCCUCAGACUGUUGCAUAAAUAUCCGUUCAUUCUUCCACAUCAGCAAGUGGACAAAGGAGCCAUUAAAUUUGUCCUAAGUGGAGCCAACAUCAUGUGCCCCGGGCUGACGUCACCAGGUGCUAAACUGUACCCAGCUGGAGCUGACACAGUAGUUGCCAUCAUGGCAGAGGGAAAACAACAUGCACUUUGUGUUGGCGUUAUGAAGAUGUCUGCAGAAAGCAUAGAAAAAGUCAACAAGGGAAUUGGAAUUGAGAACGUUCACUAUCUGAAUGAUGGACUGUGGCACAUGAAGACGUAUAAAUGAUGACAUCAACACCUGCAAUGCCCGUCCCCGCCCUACCGCUAACCCCACCCCCCGGAAAGUGCGGAGCACUUGACAGCGAGGCAUGAGCUGCCAACCGGACUUAACACGUGUAACCUGCUGGAGGCUUUGAAUCAAUCUCCAUUAUGCACAAAUUAAAAAAAUAUCUUGCUUUAAACCUUAA